UGUCCAACUUUACAGUUAGAAGUAUAUUUGCCAACGACUCUCCAGUAAGCAAAAUGUUUAAGUUGCUCAUUUUGAUUUCCUUCUUUGCCAUGGCAUUUGCCCGUCCAGGGUUCCUGCACUCCGCACCUAUCCUAACUACAUAUCGCGAGGAACACCUUGCUGCGUUGCCUGCUGCGGUGCAUAUUGUGGAACCCUUGGUCACCACACAUCAAAUUGUUACACCUCUGCUGCAUGGCACCAUAUUAAAUCAUGGCUUGCAUUGAGUCAGCGACAGGAGUCAUCGACUGUAUGGGCAAAAGCAGCAGAAGUAAACGAAAACAAAUUUAUAAAAUUACCAUAGUUGCCUGUUAAAUAAA